GGGUUUGGGCUGUUAUUUGAAGUUCGCGGAUUUUUUAUUUAAAACUACGGUAUUUUUUAUGUCCCAAUCCGCGAAAACACGAAAACGACGACGUUCGGUUUCUUCUCGCGGCGGCCGAUCAUCGGAAGACCGGCGACCCGGUUCAUGCCGGACCUUCGAAUUUGACGCCGGCAAUCCUCUUCUGUUCAUACGACGGCGUUUCGCGUAUGGAGAAAAGGGCUUUGUUGAUUGUGGGAGUAUUCAUUACCUUAUUUGCAGUUACAUCUUGCAGAGAGUUGAAGGUGAAGCACAAGCAUCUUCAGUUGGCGCCUUACAAUCACACAGCUGCAAGAAUUGUGGUGCAAUAUGCUUCUGCAGUCUAUUUGUCAGACUUGACCGAAUUAUUUACAUGGACUUGCUCAAGGUGUGAUGGUUUUAUUGAGGAUUUUGAAAUCGUUGAGCUGAUUGUUGAUGUUAAACGCUGCUUACAGGCAUUUGUUGGGGUUGCAGCGGAUUUAAACGCUACCGUGAUUGCAUUCAGAGGAACUCAAGAAACCAGCUUGCAGAACUGGGUGGAAGAUUUGUUCUGGAAGCAGCUAGAUACAAGUUACCCUGGAGUCGAAGAUGCAAAAGUGCAUCAUGGUUUCUAUUCGGCUUACCACAACACUACAUUACGACCUGGAGUUAUAAGUGCCAUUAGAAAAGUCAAGGCAUUUUAUGGAGACAUCAAGGUUAUCGUAACUGGGCACUCGAUGGGAGGGGCAAUGGCUUCUUUUUGUGGACUCGAUCUCCGUCUCAGCCUUGGUGAGCAGAAUGUUCAGGUGAUGACAUUCGGGCAACCACGGAUUGGAAAUGCUGCCUUUGCAUCCUACUAUAACCAAGUGGUUCCGGACACCAUUCGAGUCACAAAUGGACAUGACGUUGUACCCCAUUUGCCCCCUUACUAUCAUUAUUUUCCGCAGAAGACAUACCACCACUUCCCAAGAGAGGUCUGGCUUUACAGUAACGACGGAAGUAUGGUUGAGAAGGUUUGUGACGGUUCCGGUGAAGAUCCAACCUGUAGCAGAUCAGUGAGUGGCAGAAGUAUCUCCGAUCACUUGACAUACUACGGUGUCCACAUGGGAUGUGAUUCGCCUAGUGGCUGUAAGAUCGUGACAGAUCCUCGCCUCGCUGCUUAUAGAAGAACAGAUGAUGAUGGGAACGUCGUCUUCUCGAGGGACCCUUCGAAGUCUAUCUUGAAACUCAAUGCAGAUCAAGGAGAUUGAGCUACCUGUUUGUAGAUAUGCAGAAUGAAACAGUAGCAGAAUCUUCAAGAAUUUGAAAAGGAAGAUGAGUCUUCAUGGCUGUAAAUAUCUGUGAAAUUUUCUUCUUUUACACUUUUAGCUCAUGUGUAAAUAUACACACACGACUAUUUACAUGAUGCAGUCUUUAAAUUUAAUUGUUAAUUAAUUGAUAAAAAAUAUAAUUUUAUAUUCUAAA